UCCACCAUUUGAGAACGACGAGUACCAGUACAGACUCUCGCAUAACUCCGCUUAAUUGCUGGUAUUUUGACUGCGAAAAAAACUACCUCAGAGAUAAAAUAUUGUUCUUUAUACAUUGUUGAUCUGUUCCACAAAGGAAUCAUAUAUGGCAGGAAAAAGAGAAAGCUUGGAGCGAAAAGCGAAUCGAGGCGAAAACUGGGCAGCACCUGCACAGCAAAAUCAUGAUGAAUCGAGGCAAACAGUUCUGCUCCUUGGAGAAAAUCUUCACGCGCCGAACAAAAACGAGCCACGCUACAUUGUGGAGUCCGACAAAAUAAAGGCUGAAGAGGUUAAUAACUCGGAUUCUGAGACACAAUUCUCUGCCACUAGAACGUAUUACAACACAGGUAGGACUGGGGUCGAAAACCACCAACAAGCUUUCCAAUCCUCCGCAAACCAGGGUAACCACGGGCAAAUUGCCCACGCACCUUCGACUCAGGGGCUAGGGAGAGGGGACCAAAAUCAGAAUUACCCCUCAUGGCCAGCACCGCGUGGUCUUAUCGGCGUUAUACCUCCCAGGGAGCUAAAUAUGAGACCAGGGGAAGACGAUGCAGACAACUCACCGAACUAUCGCCGUAUGGCUGUUUGCCAAGAGACAGACGGUGCUUUGGGCCAGAGGACAAAAAUGCGCGUCUACAUGAAGCGUUUUUGAAAUUUCAGAAAAGAUGUCUUCGAACAAGAGGAAGUUGGAUUCAGAUGCAGUAUUGUGUAGCGAUCAGAAAUUCAUAUAGAUUCGUCUUUGGUGAUGCAUUUAAACUCGCGAAUCUUUCGUUGACAAAACUGUUACCGUCAGCGAAAGAUUAGUCAAGGAUCGUCUCAUUUCUUCUUAUAAAGCCUUUCGUUGAUUUCGUCGCAACUAAUUUUAGUGCACCUGUUUGUCUGAGUUUGACACUCCCUUUUAAGCCAGACAUAUCUACUGAUAUCUUAUAUUAGCCUACGGUUAUUUGAAACAAAAGUUCAUUGUUACGAUUUAUUAGCAAAGUAAGCUUAAGUUGGCCUGAAAGAAACCAUUAGGAAAGUUAUGUUUCGCACGUCAGAGCAAGUGAUUCGAACCCUUGUUUACGGGCGCUCAACUUAACUUUUACCCUCGUUUCAUGUCGCUCGCAGUCUUUCCUCAAAAGAUAACUCUGAAAGAGGCUCGUAUGGAUAACCCACGAUUUGGCCCCUUCCUUUCAUAAAAGAAAGGAACCUUCGUGAAAGCAGAGAUCUAAUUACCCUCCCCUAAAUGUGUAGAACACAAGGUCAACCGUCCAAUGAUCACCAGACAAUGAAUUAGAGGUCUGAACUCAAUGGUCGUGCAAGUUGAGGCCGUUUUACCCAGUCUAACUUGCCACUGGACAAACUUUAACACCGCAGUGAAUGUUUUCAUACUACUACAGAUGUAUAAAAACACAAACAGGCGAAAAGGGUACAGAAAGUAGAACCGUCGCAAUUGAGCUAAAUUUUCAGAGUGCUGGCCAUACUGUAUAACUGUAUGGAGGCGUCAUUUGUAUUGCCCGAAAAUAUCCAUGUUCGUGUGGUUGUCGUUUUAGGAAAUAAAUAAAAAGAAAAAAAUGCUGCACUGGAAAUUUGAGGUUUCAGGAGGCAUAAAAAUCAAACAUGGCAGUUCUAUACGAUCGCAUGAUUGUUAUCUGAAAAGGUGUGUCAAAAACAGUUCAACAAAAUACAGUUUUUACGAGAUGGAAUCUAGGGUUUCCAGCAACUGCACGCGUAAUAUUAGUGAGCCUUUUACGCCUGAAUAUGAGGUCAACCGAAAAGAAAACACUGUGGGAAAGAUUGCCAAACGGCGACAGAUUCGAAAGUUUACGAAUGCUCAGAUAUAGAUCUUGGCGACGUUCCAUUCCAUUACGCAAUGUUUUGCGAAAAAGAAAACAGAGAUCUUAAAAGUAAGAUUUAUCACGUUUCCUUUGGUGGAAUUUCCUAAGAUUUGCUGAACCAUUAACUAUACUUAUGCCCUUCCUAGUCCCUGUUGAUAGAAAAAAGAUUUGAGAUAGAGAACGAAAACAGGAAAUUGAAAAUAGCGAGGAAGCUGCCUUUGUAACUCCUAUUUUUUUCGGCUUGUAAAUGAUCGGGAGGACAAACUUCCCAAAUUUUGAGAGAUUUCACCGAAGCAAAUUGAAGAAAAUCAAAGGCAAAGCCAAAUUGUUGCUGACGAGCGCCUCCCUUCGUGGAGCCUUUGCUUAAUGUCAAAAAUUAUUUUGAUAAUAUUUACUGCAGAAAACGAUAGUCCGAACCUUGCUCAUUGCCUUUGAUGGCUUUUAGUGACCAUGGAAAGCGAAAAUAUAAAAAUGUUCUGGAAAAACAUUACGCUGGCACGCGCGCAAAUAUUGAGCAAAAUCACUAUGGGGCCCCCUUAGAGUAGAAGAAAUUAGUGAUGAUAAAUUGACUUGGGUUCGAUUUCCUCCACCAUUUUCACGAGCGUGGGCUCAUUUCCCGGACCGCAGUAAGAUAUCGUGCCCAUCAAUAAUCUGAGGGACACUAAAUCGACCCAAACAAUCAACGAAGAAGAGUUGCUGUACAAAACUUUAUUCACAUGUGAAGACAAGCAAUUAUUAGAGUAAAAAAGACUUCGGGGAAAUUCUUCCUCUGCUUUCCCCUCGCAUGCAGAAUGAUUCAGUUACGAUAAACAAUUUGAAUUGGGAAAAUUCAAUACUGUGGCAGGGACGUAUCCAGGGAUAUUGGAUUGGAGAGGGCUCACACUUAUUCAAACAACACGAAAAUCUCUUUUUCAAAACUAGAGGCUAAACAAGCUCAGAAAUUCAUUAGUAAAUUUCAAACACUUCAAGUUGAGUAGCGAUAAGCAAUCUUGUCGUUUGGGGGAAUUUUAUGUUCACACAAGUAGUUAUAAUACCCGCACAAAGAGGGAUAUAGAGUUCGGGACCCCCCGUCCUCUCCUUGGAUCCACCCUUGCACUAGAGUGUUUUUCCCCACGCCGGUGGAGCAACGAUCCACUUCGUCCGGUUGACGGAAACGGAUGUUGCCAGCACUUCUUAUAGAACUGAUUGACAAAAGCUAAGUAUUUUUCCUCUUGAAUAAUGACAAGCACAUAGUAUAUUGUUAAA